AAACAUUCAGAAGAAGACGCCUCUGAAUCUACCCUUAUUCUGUUGGUCUUUUACCUGACAGCUAUGAAAACAUUGUAAAAUAGUACAAUAUAUAUUUGCAUGACCUCCACAGAGUGUGUAUAAUGUCGACUCGGGCUUUGAGAAGGCUUAAAGGGAAACAGCGGGGUCAGGAGGGCCUGGACUUCGGGGAUCUAAGUUUGGGAGACAGCCCAGAGGAGCAGGCUGAAGCUGAGGAGCAUCUGGACACGGCUAAUGUUGCUAAUGUUUCCCCUCCUUCCAGCAGCAAAGGCAGCAGCCGAAAGGCAAAGAAAAAUAAGGCUCAGAAAAACUUCAGUAACAUUUAUGAGCUGAUAUGUGAUGCAGAAAACGAAGCAGAGAAGGUUUCGCCAGAUGAAGAGCCAGAGAGAAAUAAAGCAAGUGAAACCAAAAAGGAUGAUGAAAAAGACGAUGAGAACAAAGAUCAAAAGCAUCAGGAGGAGUCCACCAAGUCGGAGGACAGGGUUAAAAAGAAGAAGAAAAAAAAGAAAACAAAAACGCCAUCAGAGGAUGGUCAAGGAAAUGGGGUGGCAACAGACAAUAUCGACUUAUUGCUGGAGAACCUGGAUCAGUCUAACGGCGUGAGUCUACAAAGUGAUGACUGUGGAGGCUCUAUCCGAAGAUCUGUCCUACAUGUGGAACAUAGAAAUCUCAACCCAGAGACAGAGCUGAAGAGAUAUUUUGGAGCUCGGGCUGUUCUUGGUGAUCAAAGCAGACCUCGGCAAAGAAACAGACACUUUCACCGCAGCACUUGGAUGACCAGUCCAAAGGACAGUUGGCCUCGCUUCAGCCGACCAGGAAUCUCAAUGACCUUGCUGGAGUCAAAGAAUGGCAUUCAAUGCUUCACCUUUGAGCACAACAGGGACUACCAACAAGUGCAGUUCAAGUUCCUAGAUGCCGUCGAGUCCAUGGAUCCCAACAACAUUGUGGCCCUCCUUCAGCUUAACCCUUACCACAUUGAUUCCCUGCUGCAGCUUUCUGACGUUUGCAGGAUACAGGAGGAUCAAGAGAUGGCCCGAGACCUCAUCGAACGGGCUUUGUAUAGCUUUGAGUGCUCGUUUCAUCCUUUAUUCAGCCUGACAUCAGGUACCAGCCGACUGGAUUAUUUGAGACCGGAAAACAGAGCAUUUUAUCUGGCUCUUUAUAAGCACAUGAUGUUCCUGGAAAAGAGAGGAUGCCCACGGACUGCCUUGGAAUACUGCAAACUGAUCCUUUGUUUAGACCCAGACUCUGACCCCCUUUGCAUGCUGCUCCUCAUCGAUUUCCUCAUGCUUCGUUCCAGAGAGUACAAGUCUCUCCUUCAGCUGUAUCAGGAUUGGGAGGAGCAUAGAAAUCUGUCUCAGCUGCCAAACUUUGCAUUUUCCUGCGCGCUUUGUCAUUUCCAAAUGAGUCAGCAAGAAGAUACAGACCCUGAAGAAAGUGAAAAGCAAAGACGACAAGCAGACCAGAUGCUCCAAAGUGCUCUCAUAAUGUUCCCUGGAGUGUUGAUGCCUUUACUGGACCUGUGCACGGUGCAGCCUGAUAGCACAGUCUCUUCCCAUAGUUUCUUUGGUCCAAAGAGUCAGAUAGGGCAGCCACCAGCUUUGGCUGAGCUCACAGCUCUGUAUGUGGGGAGAACGUUUCUUCUGUGGAAGGAGGCAGCAGUAAUGCUGUGGCUGGAGGAGUCUGUGAAGGAGGUCCUGCGCCGCGUUGAUGUCAAAGAUCCUGUCGUGGAGGAUUGUCAGAACAAGAGAAAACAGAGAUACCAGAGUGCACCUAGAAACAUCCACCGCCAUGUGCUGCUUUCGGAGAUUAAAGAAGCCACCGCUACUCUGCCUCUUGAGGUGACCACUCAGCCUGUAAUGGGUUUUGACCCUCUGCCUCCUCUGGACUCGGUUGUUUCAUACACCAGACCAGAAAGGCAGCAUGCGGGUGCAUCCAAUGAGAGCACAUUGUCCCUGUUUUUCCGGUCUUUGCUCCCUAACUUCAACCUUCAGGGUGGACUUAGACAGGAGGAUGAGAUGGAGGUGGCUCGAGCAGGACAGGAGCUGAACCAAGAGGUGAAUCGUCUGAUGGUGGCCAUGAGGGACAUGUUGGCCAACAUCCGCUUUCAGGAGCCGCCCAGAGAGGAUAACCCGUACAGGGAUGAGGAAGAAUGGGACUGAGAAAACGGUGGUCCGACAAGUUUUUGGAAGCAAAGAGUUGAAAUAAAAACAUAAAACAUGU